UUCUUUAAUUUGAGUCCAAAAUUUCAGAGGUUUCUGUAACAAACCAUAUACCAUGAUUUCUGAACAAUGGGAACAUCUCUCAUAAUGGACUUGCAAGGGAAAAACAACUUUUUCAGUAUUUUACGCAUGACCUCUGCGUUGUCCUUCUCAAAGCGCCACAAAAUCUUCGGUCGAGUGCACAUCUUCUUCUUCUUCUGCUGAUGCUACUCGGGUUUAUAGCUUAUUGUAAGCAUGUUGAGACUGCCCUUUUAUCUUACUAGGUAAUCCCAUCUUCAAGAGGUACAGCAACAGCUGGUUGAUUUUCAUAGGAAAUUAGACAAAGAUGUUUACUAAUGCUCCUUCCUUCAAGGUAAGAAGUUAAGCCAAUCUGGUUUUUUUUUCCUCUUCUUUUCUGAUGGUCCGUAUAGCAGCUUCUUGUGCUGUGUAUUCAUUUAUAUUUUCCCCUUAUCUCCCUCUUUUACUUGCAUGAGAGAAGUUAUUUAUGGAGAGUUCAUAAGAAGUGAAGAUACAGAUACUAAACUGAAUACAAAACAAUGGCAAACAAUGAGCUAAGGAUCCCACUGGCACGGACCACUGGAUCAUCAAGUUUCAUUAAUGCUUGCUUCAAUGGCAUAAAUGCAUUCCUUGGAAUUAGUUAUCUAACAGUCCCUUAUGCCCUCUCAACUGGAGGUUGGUUGAGUUUGAUGCUGUUUUCCUUAGUUGCAAUUAUGACCUUUUACACUGGAAUUUUACUAAAACGAUGCAUGGAAGCCGCUGAUCAUCCAUCUAUUACUAGCUACCUUGAUAUUGCAGGGCAUGCAUUUGGUACAAAAGGAAGAAUCACAGUCAUGAUCAUUAUGAAUUUGGAAAUGUAUCUUGUUGCUGUCGGGCUUUUGAUACUGGAGGUUGACAACUUGCGUAAGCUAUUUCCAGAAUUCAUGAUCAACCUUGGGGAAUUAACAGUAGAUGGAAGACAGUCAUUUGCUAUAAUCACAUUCCUAAUAAUCUUGCCAACAAUAUUUUUAACCGACUUGAGCAUUCUCUCCUAUAUCUCUGCCACUGGAUUUUUUUCAUGCCUUGUCAUCCUUGUCUCCAUUUUUUGUGUCGGUGCAUUCAAUGGUGUUGGCUUUCAUGCGAAGGGAUCGAUACUGUUAAAUGUGGACCGCCUACCUAUUACAGUUAGCUUGUAUAUUGUUUCCUUUGGUGGACAUCCGGUCAUCCCUCCAAUAUAUGUAUCAAUGCGAGACCGCUACCAGUUCAGUAAGGUCUUACUAUUCAGUUUUGUUCUUGCAACACUCACCUACAUGUCAAUGGCCAUAGUAGGAUAUCUAAUGUAUGGAGACAGGGUUGAAUCAGAAAUAACUUUGAAUCUACCAACAGGUAAAGUUAGUGCAAGAAUCGCAAUUUAUACGACUUUAGUUAUUCCAAUCGCCAGAUAUGCAUUGGUAGUAACCCCAAUUGCAACUGCCAUUGAAGGCGGGAUUUCAGAAAAUUACAAGAAUAAGAGAGCUGUUAGAUUAUUUAUAAGAGUAGCAUUGCUGUUUAGCACAGCUAUUGUGGCAUAUUAUUUUCCCUAUUACGAGUCCCUGAUGGCAAUUGUUGGAUCAAUUUUUGUCGUUUCGGCUUCUUUUCUGCUCCCAUGCUUGUGUUACUUGAAGAUUUCUGAUCUCAAUUGGGGUUGGAACUGUGAGCAGAUAGGCAUUUGGGGGAUAAUUCUAUUUGGAACAUUUGCUGGGGUUUUAGGGACUUAUUCAUCUAUUUCUGAACUUGUAAGAUAAUGCUUGAUCAGUGCUUGAAGACACUCUAAUUCGCGAACUAGAGUACUUGGUAUAUGCAUAUUGUCCUUUCAUCA